AUGUAUUCCGCCUCUUCUUCACCGUGGGCAGCACCACCAUCCAUGGCUGGUGAAGGCAAAAUCUCGAAUCCCCAACCACCACCACCUACCACAGACUAUCAUCCGGCUCAAUCCGUGAGUAACAUCCGUAAUGAAAUACCCAUCAUCCUUGAUUGGGAAAAAUCCCAAUAUUCUAAUUGGGUCGGGCUCUUUGAAAUUCAUUGUCAUGCUUACAACGUUUUGGACGAUAUUGAUCCCUCAACUCCUCAUAGUAGCAUAUCUGACGCUAUGUGGACGCGCUUAGAUUCGACUGUGAAAAAGUGGAUCUAUGGUACCAUCUCAAUGGACCUUCUACAAACGAUGCUCUAUCGCGGGGCAACGACACUUGAAAUUAGCCUAAAGGAUCAACUAGCAAACAUUGAUCAACUUGUUUCGGAGCAAAAACUAGUCCUGUGCAUGGUAUCGGGUCUUGUGAACAACGACUUUGACACGGUUGCAUCUAUGAUUCAACAAAUGGAUCCACUUCUAUCCUUUGAAACCGCCAGAUCAAGACUUCUUCUUGAAGAGGCUCGUCGAGCACAGAAACUGCUUGGCAAGCAACAGUCUUUCGUGGUUCAAUCCACGAUGCAUCCCCAUCCAAACACUUCGCCAUCACCUACUCAACCACCUUCUGGUGAUGGUACAGGCGGUGGGGGACGGACCGACGACAGAGGUCGCGGUGGCAAGAAUAAUAGAAAAGGGCGUGGCAGAGGCAAGGGUAAACAACAACAUCAACAAGGCAAUCACUCCUCGUUUUCUCAGCAGGCCCCAAUCCCUCCUCAAGGCAAUUAUUGGCCCAACAAUCAAGCCUAG